AUGAAUACAACUUCAACACACUUUGUUUCUCCGAGAAGGUUUGAAAUCUACGAGACCAGUAUGUGGGAAGAAAGCUUCAAGAACAGUGGAGGCAUCUAUACACCUAACUCUAUCAUCAUCCCCACAAAUGCUAAACCAGACAGCUUGUCAGAGGAUACUUCUAAUGGAACUCCUCACAAGUUUGACCAAGAAGCUUCCACAUCUAGACAUCCUGAUAAAACACAGAGACGGCUUGCACAGAAUCGAGAAGCAGCUAGGAAAAGUCGUUUGCGAAAGAAAGCUUAUGUUCAGCAGCUAGAAACAAGCCGGUUGAAGCUAAUUCAUUUAGAGCAAGAACUCGAUCGUGCUAGACAACAGGGUUUCUAUGAAGGGAACCGAGUAGAUACUAAUGCUCUUGGUUUCUCAGAUAAGAUGAGCUCAGGGAUUAUAGCAUUUGAGAUGGAAUAUGGACACUGGGUGGAAGAACAGAACAGGCAAAUAAACGAGCUGAGAACGGUUUUACACGGACAAGUCAGUGAUGUGGAGCUUCGUUUGCUAGUUGACAAUGCCAUGAAACAUUACUUUCAACUCUUCCGAAUGAAGUCAGCUGCUGCGAAGAUUGAUGUCUUUUACAUCAUGUCUGGAAUGUGGAAAACUUCAGCAGAGAGGUUCUUCUUGUGGAUAGGUGGAUUUAGACCCUCAGAGCUGCUCAAGGUUCUGUUACCACAUUUUGAUCCUUUGAUGGAUCAACAAGUAUUGGAUGUGUGUAACUUGAGGCAAUCAUGUCAACAAGCUGAAGAUGCUGUAUCUCAAGGGAUGGAGAAGUUGCAGCAUACAUUAGCAGAUAGUGUAGCAGCUGGGAAUCUCGGUGAAGGAAGUUACAUUCCUCAAAUAACUUGUGCUAUGGAGAGACUAGAGGCUUUGGUCAGUUUUGUGAAUCAGGCUGAUCAUCUAAGACAUGAGACAUUGCAACAGAUGCAUAGGAUCUUAACCACAAGACAAGCAGCUAGAGGAUUGUUAGCGUUAGGUGAGUAUUUCCAACGGUUAAGAGCUUUAAGCUCGAGUUGGGCGACUCGUCAACGUGAACCAACGUAAGUAAGGAGAUUUGAUUUUCAAGAAAGGUUUUGAGACUGUUAAGAAUCAAGAUUGGUGUUUGAUGGUGUGUGGAUUUUGGACAAGAAUAAAAGCUGCUUAUUUGAUGAUGAUGAUGAUGAUGAUGAUACUUGUCUUGCGGAUGAAGAAACUAUUUGCGGAAGUUGUAAAUAUAAUCAGCAACGUAAAUGUUUAUAGCUUAUGUGUGCUUUGCAUGUUGUAUAUAUGAUUUCUGUGGUAAUGAUUUCUAAUAAUUAUGGAAUCGCUGAUAAAAAUGUCAAUUUAAUUUAACAAGCAGAUCAUAUAUAAUCAAUUAAGAUGAAAG